CCUUAUCCUCCUCACCCAUGUGGUUUCGCUGCACCUGGAACAUACCCUUGUCACUACUAUGGACCAUUGAAUCAAGUAAUCAAUGCAACGAUGACUCCUAAUAUUUCUUUACCCAACACGCGAUAUAUCGACGGAGUACCGAACUUCAAUGCCGCUUUAAGUAUGGUUCUAAACGGCAGUGAUUUACCAAUGAAUGACCUUGUGACCUUGAGAUAUUUUUAUAACCUCGGAAUUGAUUACUUUCGUCAAAACCAAUUUCGCAUGCUACCACCACCCGUCCCUCUCGGUCUGGAAAUCGGGAAUGCAAUCGGUUCUAUGCAGUGCCCGAUUAAUGAAGCAAAUGAUGUUAGAGAUCUCGUAAAUGAACUUGAAAACAAAUUUAAUAUUUCUUCAAAUUCUGAUCCUAAUUCCAAUAAUCUAAGACAGCGGGGAACGGCAUGUACAGCGAUCAAAAAUGAAAAUUAUGUUUCCAAAAGCAAAAAUACAUGUACAACGAAACAUUUCAAGAAAAUACCCGAACAAAAAAACUUCAGGUCUCGAUCGACUCAGACCUAUAAUUUACCAUCGUACUCUUCAAGUAACUCAUGCCCGGUAGGUGUACAGUUUUACACUAUUGAUUCUGCAAACAUUGAACCAUCGAUGACCACACAAGGAACCUGUUACGUACCGACAUACUCUGUAUACCCAUAUGGGACAGUUGUAGCACCUGCGCCAUCAGGUGGAAUUGUGGUACCUCCAUCAGAUUUGGUGAUACAUGAAAAUCUACCAACCAAUCGGACGGACACUAUUUCUGAAAAUCAUGUUCCAUAUGACACCAAUUAUCCAGCUAUGAUGUAUGGUGCUCCUCAAUCUCCACAGGGAUUUACCAUUUGGGGAUAUUCACCAUCACAGCCAAUCUAUUAUAAUACCUACACCGGCAUCACUGAGGACAACAAUAAUGAUUCUGGCAAUGGAACACAAUAGGUAAUGUAACACAUAUGCUGCAGUAUUUCAUUCAUUAUAGUUACAUAUUUUUGUAAUUUUUUUUUUAGUAGUUAUUCUUCUUUAACGCUAGUCUUUAUUAUUUGAAGUAAAAUUAAUUAUAGACCUAUAUAUGUAA